AUGGAAACACCUUUCUACCAUGAUGAUGUGUUGAAUGUGCACCCAGCUUACAGCUUCUAUACUUUUGGCAGCAUGAUGAAGAAAGACCUCAACCUGAACCUAAACGACCAGGUAGUGGUCAACCUGAAACCUCUACGGGAUGGGGAUGGCCUUCUGACUUCUCCUGACCUUGGUCUGCUAAAGCUAGCUUCUCCAGAACUGGAGAGACUGAUUAUUCAAUCCAAUGGCCUGGUUACCACUACACCUACUACCAGCCAGUUCCUGUACCCAAAGGUAGCUAGCGAAGAGCAAGAGUUUGCCGAAGGAUUUGUAAAAGCACUAGAGGACCUUCACAAACAGAAUCAACUUGGUGUCCCAACCACAGGAGUGGAUUUAAGUUCAGUGCCUUCAGGUGGAAGUCUUCAGCCUCCCCCACCUUCUGAUGCUCCUAUCUAUGCCAACCUCAGCAGCUAUUCUACUGGGACAAUGGGCACCACUGUUAACUACAGCACUGACACAGUACCCUAUCCUCCUCCUCCGUCUGGGUUGGCGCAACAGCCUGCCCCACCUCCACCUCGAAUGCAGACCCUCAAGGAUGAACCUCAGAUUGUGCCUGAGGUUGCAAGUUUUGGGGAAAGUCCACCAAUGUCCCCUAUAGAUAUGGACACUCAAGAGAGAAUAAAGGCCGAAAGAAAAAGAUUAAGAAACAGAAUAGCUGCUUCUAAAUGCAGGAAGAGGAAACUAGAGAGAAUCUCCAGGCUGGAAGAAAAGGUGAAAAGCCUUAAAAAUCAAAAUACAGAGUUGGCAUCUACUGCUAACCUGUUGAGAGAACAGGUGGCCCAGCUCAAGCAAAAGGUCAUGAGUCAUGUCAAUAGUGGCUGCCAACUCCUUCCUCAACAAGUCCAAGCUUACUAA